CACCUAUCAACUUGUGCGUGCUGUCUCUUUGAUUUAUUGAAUACAGGUAGUGAUAGCUCCGAUUCUCGCUUUUUUAGCCUAAAUCCGGCACCGAGGUCACGUUCAUCUUUGCAUGGAAAGGACAUUUCCCCACACCACGGGAAAGCAUCAGAUUACGAAGAUCAUUAAACCACUGCAUACUGCUACUAGUUUGAGAUCACCAUGACGGAAUUUUCUAUUGUUCUUGUUACUGGCGGAAACACCGGCAUUGGUUAUGAGACCGUCAAAGCAUUGUAUGCUUCGUCAAAACCCUACAAAGUCUUGAUGGGCAGUCGCUCUUUGGAAAAAGCCAAGGAUGCAAUCUCCAAGCUCAAGACCGAGGUUCCGGAAUCGAAAUCUGAAGUUGAGGCAAUUCAGCUCGAUAUUGAGGAUGACGAGUCCAUUGAGAAAGCGUUCGAGGAGGUCAAGAGCAAGUAUGGUCGUCUUGACACUCUAGUAAACAAUGCAGGUGCAUCCUUUGACAACGAUCUGCGCAAAGAUUCCAGUCCCAAAAGUAUCCGCGCGGUCUGGGACAAAGCCUAUUCGCUCAAUGUCACCUCGACUCAAGUCGUGACGCAUACCUUUGCGCCCCUCCUGAUUGCUUCGUCUGACCCCAGGUUACUCUUUGUAACCUCUAGUUUGACCUCUUUAAAAACUUGCUCUAAUAGCAUUGACUCCAAGCUCGUCGAUGCAGGCAAAGCAAAAGGCUGGCCCAAGCCUCAAAACCCGACUCCAACAGCCUACAGAGCCAGCAAAACAGCGUUGAACAUGCUAAUGUUGAGCUGGGUGAUAAUGCUUCAAGCAGAUGGCGUAAAGGUGUUCGGUAUCAGUCCAGGGUUCUUGGCUACGGGGUUGGGAGGAUUGGGGCCUGACCUCUUGAAGAAGUUCGGUGCAGGGGAUCCAAGCGUUGGUGGCGAACUCAUCAGGGAUGUUGUUGAGGGGAAGCGAGACGAGCAUGCUGGCAAGGUUAUCAACAAAGAUGGUGUGCAGCCGUGGUAAGUGCGUUGUAUCGGGUCGUGGGGGAGGUUGGGAUGACAACUCUCUCUCAGAGAACAAGACUCAACCGGAUUCAAUCACACUGCAUACAGUCGUUCAGUCUGUACCAAUGUGUAGAAUGUGGUACCUCUUGUAUCUGCACUAUCCUUACAUUCUUUUGGCUCAUCAUGUCUUCUUGGGGUGCGAAUUGCUUAUUAUCUAGUAAGCACUUGUACUGCACAAUGCGGUCAUAUCAAACAUCUCCAAUCUAGACCAUUGUGUGCUACGUUGGGGGCAGCCGCAUUCGCCUCGUCUCGCUUGUUCAGGUCGAAAUCGGUAAUCUUUGGCUACAGCUUGCUUGAUAAUAGAGAGGUGAUAUCUGCAGAG